AUGAAGGUGCUAAAAGGUAUUGAGCAAAAAGUGGGAAUCAACGACCAAUUAUUGCACUCCCACACUCAAUCUAUCAGCAAGCUAGGGACCCAGAUUGGUCAACUUGCUGAAGCCUUCAAUAGGAGAGAGACUGGCCAACUACCAAGCCAACCUAUUGGGAACCCCAAUAAUGCUCAAAUAGGGACGGGUAAGGAACAAGUCCAGUCGGUUAGAGUAUUGAGGAAUGGUAAGAGGGUGGAAAUACAUGACACACCACCUACCUAUGAGGACUUCCCCUCUAAUACCCCUCAACAGACCACACCAGUAGAGUCAACCCCAACCCAGGCAGAAGUUGAAUUAGAGGCACUGAGGCCUCUCAUUGAUGGGAAUAGAACCAUUACGCCUUCUUUGGUCCAUUCCCAAGAAAAUAUUAAGAAGGAGAAUGAGCAACUAGUUGGGGAGGGACCUCAACCGGAUAAGUAUACACCCCGAGUCCCUUUUCCUGAUGCUCUCAAAACUCCAUCCUCUCCCCCAUUUGGGAAGCAAGGAGAGAAGAUGGAGAUGUUGGAUUUGUUUCAACAAGUCCACAUCAACAUUCCAUUAUUGGAUGCAAUCAAGCAGGUUCCAGCUUACGCUAAGUUUCUGAAAGACCUAUGCACUCAGAAGCGUAAGCUAAGGAACCAAACUCCCAAAACCAUACACCUCACAGAACAAGUAAGUGCAAUUAUCACUGACCUACCCCCCAACCUGAAGGAUCCUGGUGCACCACUCAUCUCUUGUGUCAUUAGAGGCCUCUCCAUUGAUAAAGCAUUGUUGGAUCUGAGGGCUAGUGUGAAUAUCUUACCUGGUUUGGUUUUUGAGAAGUUUGGAUUAGGAGAGUUGAAGUCCACUGAAGUCAUACUUCAGUUAGCUGAUCAUUCUAUGAAAAGACCUCGUGGACUUCUAGAGGAUGUUCUUGUGAAGGUAGAUGAUUUAUACUUCCCAGUGGACUUCCUAGUCCUUGACAUGGAAUCUACCUUAGCUAAGCUUCCCCCUAUCAUACUAGGGCGUCCAUUUUUGGCGAUCGCCAAUGCUUGCAUUAACUGCAGAUCAGGUGCCAUAGACAUAUCGUUUGGGAACAAGAAGCUUCGGCCAAACAUCUUCAAUGCAUCCCUAGGACCCUAUAGAGAAGACGAGUGCUUUGCUUUAGAUAUGAUUGAUGAAGCUGUAUCUCAGUACACUCCCCAGAUCCUUACUAAUGAUCCUCUGCAGCUUGUGAUGUCCUUUGGGGAAGAAGACUUUGAUGAAAAGGCCUAUACUAAAGAGGUGAACGCCAUGUUAGAUCUUAAACCCUCUUCUGGGCAGCCUCCCUGA